AUAAAUAACAAUUUUAGCAAAAGUUGGUGCCAAUCAAAAAUCAUGUAGGAUUGAUCUCUGUUAAGAUGAUUUUACCCCGUGUAGGUUUUCUGAGAUUUCUCUGAAGUGGCCACUGUGCUAGGCGUUCUGCAGGUGACAAAAACGAAUGCCAAGAGAUCUUUCUUGGUCCGAGUGCAGUUGAAGUCUUCUUUAUUAGCUUUUUCCCCCCCUACAUUAAAUACCUUUAAAAUCCAUUGACUACUCAUCGUCUCCUAAAGAAUAAGAUGUCUCAGAGAUCAGAGCCUGCUGUUCGUCAGUGGAAGAGUGUCUGUGUGUUAAUCUGGGGAUGGAGAGCCGGCUUCUGACAUCAUAGCUGUUUCAUAGCAACCUCCAUCUGAGCCAGUGACGAGCUCCGCCAUGCUGGGGGGGGGACAAGGCACGGGCGGAGUCAGGCUGCCUUGCGCAUCGUCCAACCCAGAAAACACCAUUGGUGCCCUGGGAGAGGAGCGCCUGAAACAGGGUGUGAUUGCUUUCAGCGUGGCCUGUCUUGCUGAUGAAGCUUCUGCUUUUAAAAGGGCGCUGUGGCUCUUGUUUUAAUGAACUUGCAUUUCUAUUUAAAACUCGUCACACAGGAGCAUGGCUCAUGGUUCACAUAGUGUUUCUGUGUGCAACGUAUCACUUGUUACUCAAAGUAGGGAAAUGGGCAAGGAGAUCUUAGUUUACAAAGAAGGAAAUACAAAUUCUGGAAGGACAUGGAUUUACACGCAUUAAAAAGAUGUGAGAAGCAUGAAGGCAGGUCAGUGGUCACUAGCAGGUGUAGAUAGGGAGCAACAGCGUUGUGAUUUUCCCCCUACCUUGGGGCUUCACCUUCACCACAAGGACCAGACUUUUGUUUUAUUGACAACGCCCACACCCUGGCUGACACUGAAGGCGUUAGGUGACAAUAGCCGGGAGCACUCACCUGGGAUGCCUGAAGGGUGCCGGCUGAGGCUGGCGAAAGCCUGCCGAGACCAGAAGACUCUGGCCUCUGGUUUCCUGCUUCGAAGCCUGGUGUUGGCCUCCUGCCUGCCUUUGGUGUUGACUUCACCCAACACACUGGCCAUCCCUAAGAAGCUGCGAGAAGCUGUGGGGAAAGUGGUCGUCAAUGCCACCGCCUGCACUGUCACCUGUGGCCUCGGCUACAAGGAGGAGACUGUGUGUGAGGUGGGCCCCGACGGAGUGAGAAGGAAGUGUGAAUCUCAGCGCUUGGAGUGUCUGACCAACUGGAUCUGCGGGAUGCUCCACUUCACCCUUCUCGUCGGCCAGCACUUGGAGCUCAGCUGCCUGAGCCCGGAGAUCCUGGAGGUCGGGCAGGAAGCUUUCCGGUUCACCUGGAGACUUGCUCGGGGUAUCAUCUCAACUAACGAUGAGGUCUUCAGACCCUUCCAAGCCCGUUCCUACUUUGUGAGGUUUUUAUCUGCCCAGGAGUACGACUCUGGGACUUACCGCUGUGAUGUGCAGCUGUUAAGAAACUUGAAGCUCGUCAAGAGGCUGUAUUUUGGGCUGAGGGUCCUUCCUCCUAACUUGGUGAACCUGAAUUUCCAUCAGUCCCUUACUGAUGAUCAGAAAUUAGUGGCUGAGGGCCUGGAAGUCAGUCCGGGCAACCAUUCCAUGCCUCACCACCCACAGUGGAAAAGGAAGGUGGCGUUGGCCUUGGGCCUAGGAAUCUGCGGUGGAGUGGUUGGUGGGGUGUUGGUGAGCAUCGCCCUCUGCAGGGCGCUGAGGCACACCUCCAACUAGGACUGCUCCUGAAAGACUGACGGGAGCUCCUUGGGGGGCGUGUCCUGGCUGCCUGGCCUGAUCCUGGGUCAGCCAACAGGGAGGCCUCCCACUGCCCGGAGCAUGAGUGGGGGUGGGGCAGGGACAAGCUCAUGGGAGCUGUGGGUGGUCCUAGAUGGGUUCUGUCCUGACCCCCUGCUCCUUGGGCACGCAGGCAGCUGACUGCAGGCAUCCUGCCAGUCCUGAGAAGGGACCUGUCCUCGUGUUCAUUUUCUAUCUGUGCUUUACAACUUGCAUGCCUCCCACCUGCGUUCCUCUUCUGAGCAGUGCGUUCCUGUAGGAUUUAUUAACAGCUUUUCUAGUGAAAAUAUCACUUUCCCUCUUCAAUAAAAAUAAUUCACAGUAGCUGUAUGGAAACAACAUUUUCUUGUCUUGCUCUUUAAAAUUCUGGCGUUUAAGCUACUCUGUAAUCGUCAGUCUGGUUUGUUUUCCCCAAAUCCUUCAGGAUAGAUGAUAGACGAAUUGCUUCUUGAGUGGAUGUGUGCCCAGGUUGGGCAGAGGUUGUUAGGACCAAUCUGUGACUCAGGUGUGUAAGUGACAGCCCUGACAGCCCAGGUGAAUCCUGUGUUUCGUGUAAAAUUGAAUUUCCUAGCAAAGCACUGGAUUCUUCUCCUGGUCAUCCAGACAGUUCCUUGCUUUGCUUGCUGCCCCUUUCAUUUUUGCUUUUUGAGUCCCCUGAGACUUAUUCCUGAAAAGGCCAAGUGCAUUGGUCUCUUAAAGCAGCCAAGGCCCCAAAGGGAGGGCAUCGGAAAUCCAGGCUUAAGAGCCUAGGGGCACGGGGGCCGCCAUGUGCCGUGCUCUAGGUGAUUGGCUUGUGGAAGCCACAGGGGAACGGCUGUUGGCCCCCGGCUGAGCUGACCCUGAGAGUAUGAAGGCAUUUCUCCCUCUCCUCCAGCUGCCGGCACAGCAGCAGAAACCAAAGCCCAAUGUUUCUCUAAAGCUGUGUCAGGGUCACCUGCGGGAGCUUCUGACCCUGUUGAUGCUAAUUUAGUUUAAAUUAUGGUCAAAAGGCUCUCUAUGAUUUCCUUUUAACUUAAAGUUUUAAAGCCUGAGACAAGUUGGAAGGAAAGUUUAGUGACCAUUCUCAGACCCUUUAUCUAGAUUGACCCAUGAGCAUUUUGUCACGAUUAGCUUUCUGAAUAUGUACUGGUUUUUGCUCAGCUGGAUGACAGCUGGGCUUGCGUCAUGGUCCUGCACUCUGGGGUCACGCCCCCAUUCACCUGCACUGUCUUUAUCAACUCAGAAGGUGAUUCUCCAGUCAGCUCACGUUCAGCUUCUCUGAAUUCUAAAACCUUAGAGCCUUUGGAUGGAUCCUGACGGUGGUUAUCUCUCUCCUCCCGCAGACCCCUGUCUUGUUUUUCAUGACUUGAUUUUUGCUGCAGAGUCUAGCUGGCCCAGCUGUAGUGAACCAUGGCUGUCUGGAUCUGUCAUUUCCUCCUGAUGAGACUCACGGGGACCGGCUCGUGAGUGUUUUUGAUGGGGGGUACGUGCUUUCAGCGUCACUUGGGGAGGCUCACAGUGUUAGGGUGACUCUCGUUGACAGGAAGGUUGCUGACUUGCUUAGGUGGUAGCUGCCAGAUCUCUCCUAAGGGCUGUGUGUGUGCGUGUGCACACGUGUGUUUCCUCUUGGUAGUGAACACCCUGUGGGGUGAUGCUUUGUGAUUAUCUCGUUUUCUAAACACUGUUCACAUGAACCAUGUGGCAUUUGUUGAUGAUCCUUGCCUUAUUACAUGUUGGGGAUUGGUUGUGAAAGGGUUGAGUUCAUUUCUGUAUGUGAUAGCUUAUAUAAUUCUCUUUAAAGGAUGCUUCUUUUUACCUGCUGUUUUUGAGGUCUCAAUAGAUUUUUCUUGUCAAUCAGUAUAGAAUCCAUUACUGUUGUCAUUUCUGUUGUUACUUGAAAGGCAAAAUGACAGGGAGAGAUGAGAGAGAGCUAUCUUCCAUCUGCUGGUUUACUCCCCAAAUAUUGCAAUAGCUGGAUCUGGGCCAGGCUGAAACCAGGAGCCUGGAACUCCAUACGGGUCUCCCAUUUGAAUGGCAAGAUCCCAAGUACUUGAGCCAUCACCUGCCCUCCCAGGCACAUUAGCAGGAAGCUAGAUCAUAAGUGGAGGAGAGGGGCUGUCAUUACGGCAUCGCAGGGAGAGCUGCUGCCUGUGACACCGCCAUCCCAUAUGGACACUGGUUCGAGACCCAGCUGUUCCACUUCCUGUCCAGCCCCUGCUAAUGCACCUGAGAAAGCAACUCCUUGGCCCCUGCACCCACGUGGAAGACCUGGAAAAGACUCCUAGCUUUGGGCCAGACCAGCUCCAGCUAUUGGAGCCAUUUGGGGGAUGAACCAGAGAAUGGAAGAUCUCUUUCUGUCUGUAAUUCUAUUUUUCUUUUCUUUUCUUUUUUUUUUUUUUUUUUUGAAGAUCUUUAUUUAUUCAUUUGACAGGUAGAGUUACAGACAGAGAGAAAGGUCUUCAUUCUGCUGAUUCACUCCCCAAAUGAGCUACGCCAAUCCGAAGCCAGGAGCUUCCCUCUUGGUCUCCCACGUGGGUGCAGGCACCCAAGCAAUUUGGCCUCAUCAGAGAGCUGGACUGGAAGAGGAGCAUCCGGGGCCAGAACCCAGUGCUCAUAUGGGAUGCCAGCACCACAGGCGGAGGAUUAACCUAGUGCGCCACUGCGCUGGCCACUGUAAUUCUAUUUUUCAAAUAAAUAAGAAGAGGAGCCAGGACUGGAACCAGCACUCUGAUAUGGGAUGUGGGUGUCUAGAGUGGUGGCUUAACCCACUGUACCACACCAACCCUAUGAGUCCCUUUAAGCCAGCUGUUUUGUACUUUCGCUGUGGUCUGAUUUGACUAGCAUUUUUCUGCUUUCUUGUUCAAGCUAUCUCAGGGCCACACUUGGACUUCCCUUGCCCCAGUUGUGAACCUGCCAUUUCUCCAAGGAUCUCUGGUUUCCUUUGGUGUGGGGAGCAGCGUUUGGAAGCCAAGGUGUGUGCACUGGAUGUGCUCAUUGCGGCUGGCAGUCGUUGCUGCUAGCCCUGUCAGUUUCCUACAGACAUGGGUGCUGUGAACGGUUCAUGGGAGAGACGGGUGCUGUGACUUAGCAGGGUAAGCUUGGGAUGCUUGCAUCCAUGUUGGAGCACCAGUACAAGUUCAGCUGCUCCACUUCUGAUCCAGCUUCCUCCUAACGUGCUGGGAAGCAGUGGACGAUGGCGCCAAGUGCUUGAGUCCUUGUCAUCUAUGUAGGAGACCUGGAUGGAGUUCCCAGCUCCUGGCUCGGCCCCAGCUGUUGCAGCCGUUUGGGGGAGUGAACCAGAGGAUGGAAGAUCUCUCUCUCUCUGCCUUUCAAAUAAUUGAUUUUAAUUUCAAAAAGUUCAUGGAAAAUGGGAUUAAAAGAUACGCAGAUUGUCCAUGAAUUUUUGAAGACAACUUAUAUGUGUAAAUCAUGAGUUCAAAGCAUCUUUGUUUUUUAAACAAGUUUUAUAGCUGCUCUGAUACAUAGCCAAGGUGGAGAACACUGGCCUGGGCACACACACAGGAGCCUUCUAACCACUGCUCUUGCUUUGGAAAGAUCAUAAGUUUUACACACAUCCCCGCCUCCUAGGAAAUGGGUAGAUUUCAGACCUGAGAGUUGUUUUUUUUUUUUUUUUUUUUUUCCUGACAGGCAGAGUGGACAGUGAGAGAGACAGAGAGAAAGGUCUUCCUUUUGCCGUUGGUUCACCCUGUAAUGGCCGCUGCGGCCAGCGCGCUGCGGCUGGUGCACCGCGCUGAUCCGAA